GAUCGAGCUAGGGGGGUAUAAUAUCACAUUACAAUUACACAAGGACCUUAAGGGACAUGCAUAUACCUACAAUUCUAACAGCUUUUUUGUCCCGCCUGCCAGAUCUUACAACCUUGACAGGUGACUCUGCGGGACAGGAAGUGAUGGACUUCCGGUGGGGGAGGAGCCGGGGCGAGGAGGGCAUCGCCGUGGUGAUAAACUUCCUGCUGGCUAAUGCUCGAUUGGUCCUGGGAGUGGGAGGGGCCGCGGUGCUGGGCAUCGCUACGUUGGCUGUCAAGAGGUUGAUAGAACGUGCGGGCCGAGCGGCGGAGGACGAGAAGGUGGAACAGAAGAUGUCAGAGAGCUGGGAGGAGCUUGGCUUAGUCUCCGCCUCCCCCAAGUCCAUAAGGAAGGGGCUGGAGAGUGUGGUCAUGAAACAUGUCGCCAAGGCAACCAAACCACAGAAAGCUGACCUGUGCCAGCCCCAGCAGCAGAAGUCUAGUCUGAAUGAGAAGCCUGUCAACGCAGCAGAGCCCCAGAGACCCAAGAGCCUACAGCUGUCUCUCACCCUGCAGGACCGUCUACAGCAGUAUUAUUCAACCAGAGCAGCUUUAGCCCCAGAGGUCGACCGUCUACAGCAGUAUUAUUCAACCAGAGCAGCUUUAGCCCCAGAGGUCGUCCACAGAGCUGAGAGUCUAGCUCUAGAUAUCUGUAUAGAGGUACAAGGCUUCCUGCACAGCACAAACCCUGACAUGCCUCUGGGAGAGAUGUCACUGGGAGGGUCCCUGCUCGACGACCUACAGGUGGUGAGAGCGGACCAUGCGUGCCUGCUGGUUCCCCUCCAGCUAGAACCCAGUCUGUGGAGACUGAUCCCUGGGGAGGAGACUCUCCUAACACACCCUCUACACUGGAUGGUCCGGCGGGUCAACCUGGAGUACUUCCCCAGAGGACGCAGCUACUGGGACCGGUUCCUAGUCGGAGGGUAUCUGUCCUGCCGGGCGCUGGUGAGCAUGCUCAGUAAGGCUGUGAUGGAAACCAUGAACUGGCCGUCUCUCUCCUCCACUCUGGACUGUCUGGUCAGGCCUGUCCUCGGGGGAGAUGAACUGAAACUAGAGAUACGACCAGAGCGAGGUGAUACUCUCUUCAUCUCCGUAGUGCCGGUGCUGAGGGAGGCAGACGUGGUCCUGACUGCCCAGGUAGAGUUAACCCAGCCCUGGGAUAGUGCCUGGCACCUCUCCCUCUACCCCUGGGAGACCCAGCGCCUGACCCAGCUUGACUCCGCUGACCAGGGGGUCCGACGCGCCCUCCUCAAAACCCUCAAAGCCGUCUGUCGACACUGUCCCGCCCUGCGACCCCUCACCGCCGCACCGCUGGCCAACCUCAUCCUCCACCUCAGCGACAAGGACGUGGAUUGGUCAGAGGGUUGUCUGAGUGGGCGGUUCCAGCAGUGUGUGUGGGAGCUGAUAGGUUAUCUGGAACAGGGGGUGUUACCUAGCUACUUCAAGCCCAGUGUUAAUAUGUUGAACGGAGUGACGGAGGAAGAGGUCGAUGAGAUGGGCUUUAUGUUGUACUGCGCCGUCUCUGAACCAGACAUUCUGCUGAUAUAGAUAUAUAUAUAUAUACUCUAACCUGGUGUAUAUAUCAGAGAGGAAGAGGACAUGUAUUAGAUAUGAGAGACACCACCCUGUCUAUAGAUCAUAUAUAUAUAUAUAUACUCUAACCUGGUGUAUAUAUCAGAGAGGAAGAGGACAUGUAUUAGAUAUGAGAGACACCACCCUGUCUAUAGAUCAUAUAUAUAUAUAUAUACUCUAACCUGGUGUAUAUAUCAGAGAGGAAGAGGACAUGUAUUAGAUAUGAGAGACACCACCCUGAUGUCUAUAGAUCAUAUAUAUAUACUCUAACCUGGUGUAUAUAUCAGAGAGGAAGAGGACAUGUAUUAGAUAUGAGAGACACCACCCUGAUGUCUAUAGAUCAGUUGUGCCAUAUUACCGCUCCACUGAGACGUGGACGGGAGAUUGUUGUUCAGGCAGUCGUGCAUCUCCUUCACUGACUGACUAAACAGAGAUAAUUUAUACAUUGUGUAUGAGUACUACGGUGUGGAUGAGUUGAUGGGGGGGGCUCUGACUGAGCAGCACAGAGACUGAUGCUGAUGAUGAUGAUGAUGAUGAUGAUGGACUGUGCCUUAAGGGAAGUAGAUGAGGGGAGGAAGAAAUUAAAAAGAAGACUAGGGCCGCGUUUUACACAGACACCCAGAAUCAGGUUACUGCAGACGUAGUGACAGACUUUCUCCUGCUGUGGACUAUAUAUCUAGAUCUAGUACAGCUCUCUCUGUCCAAAAUGCUGUUUCAGAAUGGCCUGCGCCAUUGAGGCUUUUACAACCCAUAGGAAUCCCCCACCCUAGUUGACUACUUUAAAAUGGUGGAAGCCCUCAAUGAGCACUACCCAGCCAGUUACCACAGCCACAAAGUGAUAAUUAUGACGACACAAGACAACAGAGUUAGCGCCAGUUACCACAGCCACAAAGUGAUAAUUAUGACGACACAAGACAAGAGUUAGCGCCAGUUACCACAGCCACAAAGUGAUAAUUAUGACGACACAAGACAACAGAGUUAGCGCCAGUUACCACAGCCACAAAGUGAUAAUUAUGACGACACAAGACAACAGAGUUAGCGCCAGUUACCACAGCCACAAAGUGAUAAUUAUGACGACACAAGACAACAGAGUUAGCGCCAGUUACCACAGCCACAAAGUGACAAUUAUGACGACACAAGACAACAGAGUUAGCGCCAGUUACCACAGCCACAAAGUGACAAUUAUGACGACACAAGACAACAGAGUUAGCGCCAGUUACCACAGCCACAAAGUGAUAAUUAUGACGACACAUGACAACAGAGUUAGCGCCAGUUACCACAGCCACAAAGUGAUAAUUAUGACGACACAAGACAACAGAGUUAGCGCCAGUUACCACAGCCACAAAGUGAUAAUUAUGUCUAAAAUCCCUCCGCCAAUUUCUCUUCUUUUAAACCUGUUGAAUGACGUCAUUAUAUGCACCUUCUACUGAAUAAAGCGCUCAACCCUUUUUCUUUUCAUAAUGUUGUGUGUGUUUUGCGUUUGCUGCAGGGGUUGUUUUUAAGUUGAAGAGUGUUUAUUUAAAUAAAUGUUUUCUGCUGAA